AAGUGAUUGAAACUGUCAACUGUUUGCUAUCCCCUACGUGCAUGGAACACUUUCUGUACUGGGCCAGAAUCGUUUUUCAGGCAAACGCCGUUGUGCUCAUCCGGAUCAAAGCAUCAUCCAUCGAAGCAUAUAUCAUUGCUACUUUUGAGCUGCCAGCCCAAUGAUGUCGGUGUGAAUGCAUAGACAGAUCCUUCCGGUGGGACAAGCUUUCCAAAAGUGGGCUGUCCGGUCACCCCACUCCCCAGUGCCACGACUGAAGCUACAGACAGCUACAAUUAUAGCUAUGAGUUUGAAUACUUCUCAUUGUAGUAUUUGAGAGUCUCGAUCGUUACCAUACGAGAUGGCUACCUUUACGAAGAUCGCAGACAACGAGACACCGUCCAUAACCUUGGAUCCUACUCACACCAUCUCCAAGAUUGACGACAAUAUAUAUGGAGGCUUCUGCGAGCAUAUCGGACGCUGCAUCUAUGGUGGGAUCUACGAGCCAGGGCAUGCUUCCGCCGACAAAGAUGGCUUCCGAACCGAUGUGCUAGAAGCUCUUCGCGAACUGAACAUUCCGGUGGUCAGAUACCCCGGCGGCAACUUCGUAGCGUCGUACCAUUGGAUGGAUGGCAUUGGUCCAGUAGACAAACGCCCAAAGCGACAGGAACUGGCAUGGCUAACCACGGAGAGCAAUGAAUUUGGCACUGACGAGUUCAUGAAAUGGUGUGAGGUCCUGGGCACUGAGCCAUACAUGUGCCUUAACAUGGGUACUGGCACACUCGACGAGGCUCUCAAUUGGCUUGAAUACUGCAACUCGUCUGAUGACACAUUCUACGCCAACCUCCGCCGUAAGCAUGGCCGCGAGGAGCCCUACAACGUCAAAUAUUGGGCUCUGGGAAACGAAGUCUGGGGCCCCUGGCAAGUCGCCGAAAUGACCAAAGAAGACUAUGCCAAAACAGCGAAGCAAUGGUCUAAAGUAAUGAAGUUCAUGGACCCGUCCAUCAAGUUGAUCCUCUGCGGCCAGACAGGCACAACGUCUUGGGACGCGCAUGUUAUCAAAGAAUGCAUCAACUGGGACCCUGCUGCUUUCAGAGCUGGCACAUGGGCACCGCUCAUUGACAUGGUCAGCAUACACAUCUACACCGCCGCCGGAGAACAUUAUCCGAACGCAACAGCACCACGAUCGGCCGAGCGCGCCAUCCAAGUCACCGCAGCUCUAAUCGACCUGGCACGCAUCGAAAAUGGUGUGCCCAGCAACAUUCCUCGCCAGACUAUUUGCUUCGACGAAUGGAACGUCUGGAGCCCCGGCCGUGCACCGCCCGAGCAAGGUGCCGAAGAGCUAUACACGCUCUCUGACGCCCUGGCCGUAGCCGUGUGGCUGAACGUUUUCGUGCGACAGGCGCAAUUCAUGGGCAUGGCCAACAUUGCGCAGAGCGUCAAUGUAAUCAGCCCACUGAUGACGAGCGCGAAGGGGGUUAUCAGGCAGACGACGUGGUAUCCGCUGCUGUUGUUUUGCAAGUAUAUGCGGGGGCAUACGGUUGCGGUCAAUGUCAAGAGUGGAGAGUAUGGGGGUAACACGGAGCCUGGGUGGAUCAGAGGCGCAAUAGAGACGCCUUGGUUGGAUGUGAGCGCGGCGGUGAGUGAUGAUGGGUGGGUCAGUCUUGCUGUUGUCAACAUUCAUGACGAGAGGGACUUCAGCACUGAUCUAAAUGGGGUCGAUUCCAAGGAAGUGCAGGUGUACACCGUGACAGGUAAGAACACAGGCGUUGUCAACAAGGAGGGCCAGGAGGAGGUUGGACUGGAGGAGAGCACCUGGAAUGGGGAGGGCCAGUUCAGUUUCUUGAAGCACUCAUUCACAUUACUCAGGUGGAAAGCGUAAUAAUUGCGAUGAGUCAGGUCGAAGUCUGAGUGCUCUACAUAUUUAGACGUUUUUUUAGGUCGGUCCAUCUUCCUGCUCGUAAUGGAUCCAG